UCCCUCCCUCUGCGCGCUGUCCCGCUCCGCCGCUGCGAGCCCUCACUGUCUGGGUCGGUGUGUAGCCGAGCAUUGGAUAUGUGCACACAGGAUGAUGACAACCCCUUUCCUCCCCGUAGAAGUAAAAUAAAAUAGGCUUUCGCACACCACACUGGAUUUACUCCUGUCGUUCCAUAUGAAGAAGCCAAAAAUUUGGAUACGCAUUUGUGUCCAUUUACUGCUGUUCAUCACUCUUGGGGUACAUUCAAGUAAAUUUGACGUCAACCCAGUGACAGAUGACAUCUCUAGACUCUCUGUUUUGAAACACAACAUUCCUAAAGAUUACAAAAUUCCUGUGAAUUACGUUCCAGAAGAAGAGGGUGGGAUGUGUUGGGUAAAAUUAAAUGUCUUCUACUUGGAGCAGAGUUUACAAGAUUUAGCACAUAAGUUUGGAAAUAUUUCAUCCAACAGAAAAGAUAUUAGCAUUUUCAUCCAAAUGUUCCAAGAACUGCGCUUCAACUUGGAGUCUGUGGAAGUGAUCAUGUAUGAUUUUGAGUGCCACUACAGGAAAGAGAGGUGGCAGACGGCGCGAUACUUUGACUUUGUCAAAGACUUCCUUAUAGCUGCACAAAAUAGAGACAAUUCAGAUGACUGUGAUCCUCCUCCCUGUCCCACCACACCGUACACAGUAACAACAGCAGAAUAUUUAAAAGAAUCCACCACGUCCAGCAGUAAAGGCUCAGAAUGUGCAACCGGCUGCAAACCACAUCGUGAGCCGAGCGCCCUGACUGAGGUGGUUGAGCGAAGCCUUCUCUCCUUACUGUUCAUUCCACUCCUAGCCCUUGCAUUUCUGCUUGUUUGGAAGGUCCGAUCACGGAGGAGUGAGGAGGAUGCUGAGCCGAAUCCUGGAGAAGGUGGACUCUUCACGGGGACAGAGGGGACUGCACCUCCACUAGAUGCUGAAAUAUCAGAAAAAAACAAGCUGAACGUCAUUGAAACAGUGUAACGUCUCUGCCCUUCAGUGUUCUUCAGCGUAAUUGGGCUCUACUCUUUUCUCCUGUCUUUGUCCAGAGAUAAUGAAAGACAAACAUGAAGCCGAAUUCCAUAAUGAGAUCUCAGAGGUAAAAACCUGUUUCUGACUGCUCUCCAGAAUGACAGUGGCAGAUCCACGACUGUCAUGAAUGUUCUGGUUAAACCACUCCUCCUGCUACCUUAUGGAUAAGCUUGCCUUUCUUGUAAGACUGCAUAACCCAAUGCUUUUGGAAAAAACUGUGAGAUUUUAACAGAGAAAAAGCCCCCAUAUCGCCACCCCUCCCACCUCCUCCAACUGGAUCCUCUGGCUCCAGCAAAUCGUCCAUCAGAACCUGCUGCAUCAUGAACUCUUUGGGGAAAACUUGGCUUCUCCCUCAACACGUCGCUACUGUCUGCCUGUGUUUUUUGGGCCAAGCCAGUUUAUCUUCACACGGCAAAGCAGAGAGUGACUGACACUGGUUAUCUCUCGUAUGAACUGAGGCAUGAAAUACUACCUCCGGUGACCCUCAUGUUAACCACAUCCUCAACAGCUCUUAGUCUGGGGUUUUCCCGAUGAAUAUAAUGUUUAACAUUGUAGUUCCAAGGUGUAGUCAUGUUGUCUGGUUUGGCAUGUACCCACGGGGGUGUAUGAUGUAUUUAUUUAUUUGUGGCGGCCCUGAGCUGCUACUGUUGAUACCGCUGAAAUGUUUGAUGCGACCAUUUAAGAGCACCUCUACUAAUGAGUUACAUUUAAAUUUAAUCUGCAUACUAACACUUCAUAAACCCAGAAAAACACGUUCCUAUGAUGUUGUUUCGGUGUAUAUGACGCGAGUGAUUUAGGUUGUGUGAAUGCAUUGCGUGGAAAAAAAAAAACACAUAUUAACUAAAUAUGCUGCUUUGACUAACUUACAUUUCGACCAUUGACAUCUGCAGUGACAUUCUGGUAAUGCGUAUCAGGGAUGACUCCCGUGGACCCAGGAUUUUCUUUAAAAAAACUAAUGAAAUCAAUGCGAAGGUGUCAGACACACGUGAGAGACGGCCAUGGGUCUCCCAUAGUAAACGUUAGCUCAACAAUGCCUUUCUUUUUUGUACUUAUCUCACCUUUAUGUUUGCACGGCAGAUACAGUCAGGGGAGAGAGUUCUGAACAGUCCUUUCUCCAUGAAAGGAAAAGAAACUAAAUCACUAAAACAGAGAACUUGUGAACAGGAAAAGAUUGAAUAUGCAAAUGUUGUUCAUGAUAUUAAAAAAAGCUAUCAAAUCUUUAUUAUUCCCUGUACGACCAAACUAUGCUCGCAGAUCAGCCCCUCCUGUCUUAGACCGUUUACUCCUGUGGUGUUAUCUGUCCUUUCUGACUUUGCCUUUGUCUCGUAUCAGUGUUGUGCUUGCAUAAUAAAACCUGUAAUACACAAUGUGACAAAGCUAGUUAGUGCAUUUAUCAAGACCCAAAUGCAAAUGAAAUGCAAACAGAUGAUACCACUGUUAUGGAGCUCACCACAUUGGCCAUGCCAUGUAGACCUAAAUAUCAGUUUUGCCUUAAAGUUGCGCCAUAAUACACUGUGAAAGGAAGUGCACUGUCAUCUCCUUCACUUACUGAACUGUCAUACAAUGGGUGCAACUUUUCAAAGUUGUUGUUCUUUUUUUUUCUUAAGAAGCGUGGAGGGUUUUAGAGUUGGUUCUCUCCGAUUCACAAAAAUCCAUCCGAAGGGCUAGAAAUCAUUUUACUGGUAGUAAAAUCCAAACAGUUGAUGUGAGAUCUUGCACAUAUCUACACUUGUUGCAGCAAUUGCAAAAGCCCUGAGGCUCAUUCCACUGUUAAAUCAAUGUGGUCCUCCCCGCCUCCUUUCCUUUGUGCACUCUCAGCUCUGAUAAGUUGGGAGAUGCUCCCUGUCUCAGCAAUAACAGAUCUUAUCAGAGCUGCGAGGAAAGAAGGGUUUAAAAACAUCCAAACAAGGGUUGACUCACGCAGAGCUUUGCCCACACGCGAAGCAAAUUAGAUCAAUAAUGGAUUAUAAGGCAUUAAGAUCAUCAUCUAAAGUAUUAAUGACAAUCAGUGAAGAGGAAGGGGUGUGAACAGGGCAUGCUGGCUGUGACCUUUCCCAUCAGGCUGCCCUGACAACAACAAAGUGGCAGGACACAAGCGUCGGUUUCUGUCUCUAGCUGGAGUAUUUCUAUCAUGUUUGUGGUCUUACAUUGUACCGUGUCCAUUCUUGGUUUCGUGCCUUGUUUGAUUAGUGUGAUUGACUCUACCUGUAUACAUGUCAAAAGCCUGUCUAUAUUUGUGUGUGGUAGCGGAAAGUGGAGAGAUCGUUACAGAUUAGAAUAAUCUCACCACACUAACCCAAUAGAUAUAAUCCCCAGUUUCUCAAAUUGUGUUUUGUUUCUUUGUUUUUUAAAUGAACUCAAAAGCAGUUUAGUUGGCUUGACCUGUGCCCAGUUAUGAUUCAGACAGUCUUCUGGUUCAAUAAGUGAAAACUCUAUCAUCAGAAUAAACUGCGGUGGUUGUGACAUUUCGCACAUUCCAUUUUAGCCUUUGUAACCUUUAGGAAACACUUCAACUGGUAACUCUGCUUAUUUUAUGUGUAUUUGGGACUAUAUGUUGGGAAAUGUUCUUCUAGGAGACGAGAGUAUAUUGUGCAAAAUUGAAUCUGUGUUUGAAAAAAGUAUACCACAUUGGUGUUCAUAUAGUUCAAAGCAACAGUACCUUUCAGCAUCAAUAGCUGGUAUUCUUUGGUGUGGUAAAGUAUUGUUUGUCGUGCUGAACUGAAAGAUCUUUUUUUGUCAUUCAAAAAUGCAUUUUUGAAGAACGCUCUUUAUUAUUCUCCCUAUUGAUGGCGACUUACAUGUGCCAUAUUCUCAAUGGCACUUUUAGAGCUGAGUCUGUGUUAGAAAAAGUAUACCACAUUGGUGUUCAUAUAGUCCACAGCAUCAGUGCUUAUGAAUAUCUGAAAUUAGUUGUGUGGUAAAGUACUGCUUUUUAAAGCUUUUAGCCAAAUGUUUCUAUUCAAAAAUGCAUUUUUGAACAAUAUUGGAGCAUACUAUCUAUGGAACAUUAGACCUGAGACUUUCUCUUCUAUCACCUUUAGGGUUUCGCUUGUCUACAUGAAGACCAUUACAUGCAGUGCCCAGUAUUCUGUCAGAGACACAGGCUAGUCUAGCCCCAAAUGAAAAAAAAAAAAAAUAUAUAUAUAUAUAUAUAUAGUCUACAAAUAUCGAAUAUGAGCUGCAACAGGUCUAAGCUGUGAACAAAAAAUUCCCCAAAAAAAGAAAAAUAAUAAUAAUAAUAAUAACAUGGUGUCCCAUUUUCCUGUCUUUGCGAGAGCCUCGAACAGUGUGUCUGAUGCAUGGAGGCCAGAAACUGAUUUCUGAUGCAAUUUCAUGCAUUCAUUGAGAGAAUGAUCGCCCUUAAAUACUGUUCCAUUGUGGGCUGUUACGUGGUUGGAGAGUGAGCGGAGCUGCAUCCUGAUCAGUGCUUUCGGGCUUGAGUGAUCCAGUCCAUCCCAGUUCAGUGGGUGAAUCAAAUGGCUCAAGGCAGGAAAUAAGUCUGGGUGCCAAAAAGCAAAUGUAAUUAUUGCCCAGUUGCUAUUCUGGGUGAAAUCUCUACUGUAUUCUGUAUUUUUGUAUAAAUGUAAAGAAACAUAUAUGAGAUAUAAAUAAAGUACAUGUAUCCAA